AAUUUUUUUUUUUCUUUUCAAAAAAGAUUAAAUUUCUUGGUAGAAUAUUCUUUUACUAUGAUGUAUUUAUACAUUAUUAUAUGAAGCUACAACUUUCUCUAAAUUCUUUCAUGUUUGUCAUGUAUUCCAGGAUACAAUGUCAUGAAUUUUAAAAACUCUUCUAUCUGCAACUUGGUUGAUCUUGAAAUCAUUGAUUUAUCUUAUAAUAAGUUUAAUGGAGAAGUUCCUCAUUGCUUGGGCAAUACUAGUAAUGAAUUAAUUGUAUUGAAUCUCCAAUCAAAUAAUUUCAAGGGCACCAUUCCAUCCGCAUUUUCUACUUGUGAUUCAUUGGAAUAUGUAGAUUUCACUGACAAUCAGUUAGAAGGAGCUAUACCUAGGUCUUUAUCUAAAUGUAGAAACCUAAAAGUCCUAAAUUUGAGGAACAACAAAUUCAAAGAUGUAUUCCCUUAUUGGUUAGGUAGCCUUCCGUCUCUAGAGGUUCUCAGCCUACCCUUUAAUAAAUUUCAUGGUGAUAUAACUAACAAUUUAUCAAAGAUUGCAACAUUUCCUUUUUCAAAUCUACAAAUUCUCGACCUUUCAAACAAUAAUUUCUGUGGUAAGUUGCCAUUCAUGUACAUCAAACAAUUUCGUUCCAUGAUGGAUAUCAACAUGUCUACUAUAGGAAGUCCAAGGUACUUAGAAGAUGAACUCGUUGGUUAUGCAUAUGCGUACUCCAUCAAGAUGAUAGUAAAGGGGGUGGAACUGGAUUAUAAGAAGAUAAUUACUUCUAUGUCAACAUUUGAUAUGUCUAAUAAUCACUUUGAAGGAGAGAUUCCAAAUUCUAUAGGGAUGUUGCGAGCACUUCGAAAUCUUAAUCUCUCGCAUAACCUACUUACCGGAAACAUCCCUCCAUCCAUCGGGAACUUAUCAUUGUUGGAUGGUUUAGACCUAUCAUCAAAUAGGCUUAUCGGUGAAAUCCCUCAAGAACUUGUUAGUUUAACAUUUCUCGGGGUUUUUAAUGUUUCAUAUAAUCAACUGGAAGGGCCUAUACCCCAUGGUAACAAUUUUGAUACCUUCUCAUUUGAUUCAUACGAGGGAAAUCUUGAAUUGUGUGGAGCACCAUUACUUGAAUGCAAAAAAAAUAUUGUUGUGCAAUCUUUGAACAAUGAUAAUGUGGAAAAAAAAACAGAAUUAUCAAUGUGGGAAGUUGUAGUGAUUGGAUUUGGAAGUGGUACUAUAGUUGGUUUGGCUUGGGGGUACUACAUAUUGUCAGUGGGGAAGCCUUUUUGUUUUUUUAAAUUGUUGAACAAGAUGGAAUGGACUUUACUUGAUUUUCAUGACCAGCAUUUCAGUAGAAGAAGUAGAACAAGAAGAACAAAGAACUAAAAGUGAUCAUCUAUCUGAGAAACAUUUCAUUUGUAGAAAGAAGUAGAGUAUAAUGGAAUGGGCCUUCUUGAGCUUUACUUGAAUUUGUAGCAUUUUCUUUUUUUUUCACUGUACUUUAUUCAUAAUUAUAUUUUGUGAUAAUAGCAUUUCUUUUCCAUAAAAAAAUAUAAAUGUGUGCCAAAUGGGUGAAUGUAAUAAUCUAUCUAAGAAAGAAACAUUUCAUUUCAUGAGAUGUCUACAAAGCACAAAAUGUCAUUCCACUGCAUUGUUAAGUUAGUUUAUUUUGUUUU